AUCCGAUCCCUAAAAAUGAGGGAAGAACUACUUCAAAACGAAUCACAUUCUCAGUCAUCGAAAUUUAAAUAUUUUCUCAAAAUGUUCUCUUUUGUCUUUCCAUUGUUGGACGUUAUUAAGCUUGUUAUUGCUUCCGUGACCUCCGUAGUCUUCAUGGCCUUUGCCGGUAUAACAUUCGCCGGUUCAGCCGUGGCUUUAGUUGUAUCCACACCGAUUUUCAUCAUAUUCAGUCCGAUUCUUGUACCCGCCACUAUAGCCACUACUCUCCUAACCACUGGACUCACGGCCGGUGCCGCCCUUGGAAUGACUGCCAUUAGUCUCGUCAUGGGGCCCAUCGGGCCCACAACGACUGCGAAAGGAGUCACCUCAGGCCAAACUCUGAAUUUGCCAAGAAGAUUGGGAAGAAAACGAUUUUCUGGAAAAUUUAGAAAUAGAAUGAGGGGUGGAGGUAGAGGAGCAGGUGGAUUUAAAAUUCCAGAAUGGUUGAAAAAUAUGCCCAAAGGAGGUGGAGGCAUACCUGGAAUCGGAGGUGGAGGUAUACCUGGAAUGGGAGGUGGAGGUACAUCACCGGCGGGUGAAGGUACACCACCGAGUGGAGGUACAGCACCACCGGGUGAAAGUAAACCACCGAGUGGAACUGCACCGUCGAGUGGAGGUACACCACCGAAUGGAGGUGCACCUGCUAGUGGAGGUGAACCAGCGGGUGGAAGUGCACCAACGUAGUAAACGACAUUGGUCGAGCUGUUCCAACA